GUUACCGCUAGUUAUUAGUUCCCUAUAUAUUAAUAUACUCUUUGAUAGUUACUGACUUACUAGUUACUAGUUAUUGAAUAUUUUUUGGUUUGUUUGUUUAUAAAUAUUAUAUAGUCUGUAUAAAGAUUAAAACAUUAAAUUGCAAUUUGCAAGAAUAAUAGCAAGAUGGCAGAGGCACUUGAUAAUGAUAACGAUACUGUGAUGUGUGAUAGUGAAAGUACAAUGAUAGCCUCUCAUGUAGAAGACGAUGAGGGUCCAUCGCGUAAAAAGCGUAAAACUGGUACAAAUGAAGAGCCAUCGGAGAGAUUAGAGCAACGGCUAGGAGGUAUCCUUUGCUGCGCAGUUUGUUUGGAUCUACCUCCGGCUGCCGUGUAUCAGUGUAGUAACGGCCAUCUGAUGUGUGCACCUUGCUUCACCCAUCUCCUUGCUGACGCACGCCUUCGCGAUGAAUCAGCGACUUGCCCAAACUGCCGCAUUGAGAUAUCACGUACAUCAGCAUCCAGAAACUUGGCUGUGGAGAAGACUGUAUCAGAGCUGCCAAUAGAAUGCAGACAUUGUACUCAUGUAUUCCCUCGCCACUCCAUAGAACAUCACGAGGAAAAGACUUGUGAAGAAAGAUGUAAGUGUGGAGUCCCUCGCGAGUACAAGUUCACACAGUUGAGAGUGGACAUGGAGCAGCGUAAGGCGAUGAGUGGUUUGGUUCGCAUUGCGGUCACUGUGUACAGCUUCAUGUUGUCUCUCUUCAGAAGAACAUAUCUCGUGCCGGACUUAGUUGGCACGAGCAAACGUCGUAGGUACCACAGGGUGACGGGCUGCAAGUUCGCGAGCAUCGGCUGCUUGUGGCGCGGCGCGGCGCGGGUCGCGGGCGCCCACGAGGCGACGUGCGAGCGGCCCGCGCUGUCGGCCGGCGAGGUGCUGGACGCGCUAGCGGUGCGGGAGCGCUGCGCCGCCGACCAGCUGCGGGUCUACACGCAGAUAUUUGAUAUGCUCUCCUACGAGAAGAUCACGUUCAACGACUUGCAGCUGAAGCCGUACCGCACCGACGAGUUUGUGCACAAGCUGUACUACGAGACGCUGCGCUUCCCCUCGUUCGGGCACCAGUGGCUCGUGAAGGCCUUCAUCAACAACCAGCAGCGCGACCCCACGCAGAGCGCCGAGCGGGACAUCUCCUACCAGUUGGUGCUGAAGAGCAAGUGCACGUCGGAGGUGUCGGUGCAGUGGGUGUGGACGCGCGGGCCUCUGGGGUUUGCGCGCAUGCGGCCGGCGCUGGGCGCGCACACCUUCCGCGACGAGCAGCCUCCUCCGCCCGCGCGGCUGCCGCUGGAGCACGCGUUGGACGCCAACCAACUUCUGGCAGAGCGGGCCAUCCACCUCAGACUCAUCAUGUUUCUGACUACAAAGUAAUUCAAAUCUUAUGACGAUCAUUAUUACCUUUACUCGGAAAGCCAAAGAUUCCAGACAGUAAAUCUUAAUUUUAAUUAAUUAAAGUUAUAUUUACAACCAUCAAGUUAAAGUCCCACGGAUACCUUUCACAAAUGUUAUUUAUGGUAUAAACUAUAAAUUCAACCGUAUACAAUUAUCCGUACAAAAUAACUUACACCUAAAUUCGGAGAAAAUGUUAAUAGCAACUCGGUUGAUAAAUAAAUUUAUCGAGACAUUCUAUAAAAGUGACAUGGAAUACAACGCUUGCACCAUAUUUUUGUUACCAGAAUCUGGCUAAUGAAAGCCGUUCUGAGAAACUGUGGCAAUUUCAAGAAUGUUCAGCUGGGAACACUGUUACACAGGCUAUACACUGAAUAAAGCGAAGUUGAUACUGUUAAUUUUGGGAACACCCAAAAUAUUCGCAAUAUUUUAUUCCGAUUUUAAUAAGUCGGAAAAUAUAUUAUUAUUUUAUAUUUUAUUUUACGGAAAGACGUAAAUGGUAUUUGUUUGUUUUCCGUUUUAAUAAGUUCGAAGAAUGAAAAGCUCGAUGGAUUUUCGAUACAUAGAAUAAACUGUUAAAAUUAUAA